AGAGGCUAACGACAUGCCCAGGUCUGCACAGCCAGAAAGCAAUGGGGUCAGGACCGGAGCCCAGGUACUCACUCUGCAGGGUCACACUCUGCUCAAGUCCCUCAUCACAGAAAUGCAAAUUGAAACAGGAAGACAGCACUUUUCACCUUUAAGCUCAGCAAAAAUUUCCAGUGAGGGACAGAGGUUAGAAUGGUGCUGCCACGGUGAAGAGGAAGCUGUCAGGGUUUAGUGACAUGGAGCAGCCACGUGUCCCAGGACUCGGCAAGGCCACCCCAGCACCUACUGCCUGGCGGAUGCCUCCCACGGCUGCACAGAGACGGCGGGAAGCUGCUGGUCACAGUGUCGUUUGCUGUAGAGAAUCACUGGAGGAGACACAGAGAUUCAUUCACGGAUGGAGAAGACAGAAGAGGAACACAGGACGGGCUGGGCCCUGAGCACCAUGGGGUCACUAUCUGUUCUGUCAAUUUUGCAUCUGCCUCAACAUUCUCAUGAUGAAAAGUGCUUUUAUGACGUCGAAUGGGAAAGGAGAGGGAUUCAGAGUGCUCCGAGACUGGCGACAGUAGCACUCACACAGCCAGGAUAACGCAAACCCCACAUCAUGAUCUGACCCAUGUUGCAAACAGCCGCCUUGGGAAGAUGAGGGAGAGAGGCGGGAUCGUGUGGAGUGGGCAGCAAGCCACAUGCCGUCCUUCAGGUGGCAGUUCACCUUACUAGACGAUGCUCGAAAGGAAGAGGUCGGGUGCUGGCUGUGACGUGUGGUGAGAAAUGGCAGUGGGACGACCAAGACUGCUGGGCUUGGGACCAAGCCUGAAUGACCGGCUGCCUCAUGCGGCCACUGCCACCACCAGGAGCCUGCACUGGGGAGCCGGCUGGGUCUCUACACUACCAGAAGUGUGGCCCAGACUUAGAACUACUGGAAUUAGAGAGGCAGCGGAAGUUGCAACUUGCAAAACUGCGUCAUGAAAAAAGGGUCCGGGCAGCUGGGAAGAUCCAGGCCUGGUGGCGUGGAAACCUGGUGCGUAGGAUCCUGCUGGUCGCUGCCCUCAGGGCCUGGAUGAUUCAGUGCUGGUGGAGGACGGUCAUGCAGCGGCAGGUACAGAAGCGGCGCCUGACCAUGUUGAGGAUCUAUGUAGUCCAGGAGCAGGCGGCGGUCAAGCUCCAGUCCUGGGUCCGCAUGUGGCGGUGUCGUCACUGUUACUGCCAAAUUUGCGAUACUCUCUGCCUCUUCCAGGUCCCAGAGAACAGCCUUGCCUUCCCGACCGAUGAAUUUUUAGAGUUACAAUAUAGAGUUAUUUCCAAGCAGCCAGAGUUCCACAUUGAAAUCCUAUCAGUCUGAAAGGCCUGCAGCAUGGAGAACGGGCUCCACUGCCCCAAUAAAUGUCUGACCAGGU